AUGGCCACAAGGAGGCCGCUCAGACCACGGCUGUUGUCGCAACGACGGCACCUCCUUGCAGGCAUCGCUGCCGCCUCCGCAGUGACCCUACUAUUCGUCGUCCUCCUGCUCCCCUUCCUAUCUUCCUCCUCGCCACAAAUGCGCCACCACAUCCACACAACAUCCUCGUCCUCCCAUGAUCCUCCUGCUCACUGCGCCGCGAUGAGCGCGAGCCUCGGGGAGUUCGGCGAGAUGAUGAUGUCCAUGCUCCCGAGGGACCUCGCCUUCACCGCCUUCGUGCCCUCGCCGGAGUCGUUCCGCCACGUCCUCAAGCUGCGGCCAAACGAGAGCUUCGCUGAGGGGAAGGCCAAGGACGACACCUAUGCCGUCGUCUCGCGCGUGCUCGGCUUCUCUGCGGUGCCCCGGCGCCUGCGCUCUGAGGACGUGCCUCUGCGCGAGCGGGUGAGGCUACUGGACUCCGUCUCUGGACUGAAGAUGUACGCCUGGAGGGACGCGGACGGGGCUCUCGUCGUCAACGGCGUGCGGUCGGAGUGCGCCGAUAUCGUCAGGGACCAGACCGUGGUCCAUGUCAUGGCCGGCGUCCUCAUGGAUGCCGAGUUCGAGCGAUCUUUUCUUCCGGCAGCCGAGGACUGA